AUGGCGGACCAGGAAGAAGACUUCACCUCGCUCCCGCUCCCCGAUCGCUUCACACACAAGAACUGGAAAGUGCGGAAAGAGGGCUACGAGGCCGCCGCCAAAGAGUUCAACCUUGCCGUAAGCGAAUCAGACGCCGUUGUGCGCCAAUUCAUCAACGAUGCGAGCAUCUGGAAAGGCGUGGUCGGCGACUCCAACGUCGCAGCACAGCAAGAAGGCCUAGGCGCACUAUGCGCCUUUCUCGAGAUAUCAGGACAUGCGGGUUGCACGCGCACGCGCAACGUCACAAUCGCGACAAUCGCCGAGAAGGGCCUGCCGUCAACGAGGGCAGCCGCCAAGCAGAAGGCGCUCGAAGCCCUGAUGCUGUAUAUCGAAACCGACAAGCCCGACCCGGUCAUCGAAGAGCUCCUGCCCAUUCUCUCCCACAAGCAACCCAAGGUCAUCGCUGCAACCUUGGACGCGCUUACCCAGAUCUACCACGCCUUUGGCUGCAAGACCAUUGAGCCAAAGCCGCUUCUCAAGCUGCUCCCCAAAGUCUACGGCCAUGCGGAUAAAAACGUUCGCGCAAAGGCACAGGAAUUGACGGUCGAGUUUUACCGAUGGCUAAAGGAGGCCAUGAAGCCGCUCUUCUGGAACGAACUCAAGCCAGUCCAGCAACAGGACCUAGACAAACUCUUUGAAAAGGUCAAAGACGAGCCUCCACCCAAGCAAGAGCGACUACUGCGCUCCCAGCAGGCUGCCAAGGAAGCUGCUGUCGCCGCCCCGGGUGGCGACGAGGAGUUUGGUGAGGAGGAGGAAGAGGUUGCCAUUGAUCUCGAGCCCGAGUUCGAGGCAGUCGAUGUUUUCCCCAAGAUCCCAAAGGACUACUCGGAGCGAUUGGCAUCAUCCAAAUGGAAAGACCGAAAAGAGACACUUGACGAGGUCCACAAAGCCUUGAAUCACCCCCGAAUCGCCGAAGGCCCGUUCGACGAAUUGGUGCGUGGCUUCGCGAAAAGCAUGAAAGAUGCCAAUAUUGCCGUCGUCACCACGGCUGCCAACUGCGUCGAGCUUCUAGCAAAGGGUCUAAAGAAGAGUUUCGCCAAGUAUCGUAAAGACAUCAUGAGCGCCAUGAUGGAGCGAUUGAAAGAGAAGAAACAGUCGGUGACUGACGCUAUUGCGGCUGCGCUUGAUGCCGCCUUCGCUUCUACCAGCUUCCAGGAGUGUCUAGAUGAGAUAUUAGAGUUUUUGAAGCACAAGAAUCCCCAAGUAAAGCUUGAGUCGUCAAGAUUUCUGAUACGUUGCCUGAAAAUCAGUCGCGAAGCUCCCACGCCAGAGCAAGCCAAAGCCAUAGCCGAGGCUGCUACCAAGUUGCUCACAGAAUCGCAAGAGGUACAGCGCUCUGCCGGUGCUGAGGCACUUGGUACGCUUUGGAAGAUCAUGGGAGAUCGCAUCAUGAACGCUCAUCUCGAUGGCCUCGACGACAUUCGCAAGAACAAGAUCAAGGAGUACUUCGAGUCUGUUGAGGUCAAGGCCAAGUACAAACCCAAGGCUGUAGCUCCAUCUAAGCCUGUAGCUGCUCCAGUAGCGACCAAGAAGCCCAUGGGUAAGCGACCAGCCCCAGGCGGAAUGAAGAAGCCAGCGCCAGCAGCCGUAGCUCCUCCAGCGGAAGAGCCCAUGGCACCCCUUGCACCUAAACCCACAUCGAGACCUGGAGCUUCCAAGCUAGGUGCUCCCAAGCCUGGACUUGCUGCACCAUCGAGGUUGGGAGGUCUGAAGAAGCCUGGUUCGGGCCUUGCUCCCUCACCCAAACGACCUGUGGCUUCACCUCCUCCUGAGGAGGUAGCACCACCCCCACAACCCAAACUUGGAGCUGGGCGAGGCCUUGCCGGACGUCCCCUUGGAAAGCCGGCCACUGAGGCUACUGCUGCGCCGUCUCCCAUAUCACAAGCUCCUACCGGGCUCAGUUUGGUAGAGCGUGCAGAAUUGGAAGAACUUCGGGCAGAGGUGGACCGCAUCAGGCGGCAUAAUGAAGAUUUGCGCGGAGAGCGGACGAGACUCACUUCGCAAAUCUAUGAGCUCCAGAACCAGAAUGCCCAGCUCAUCGAGGAUCAUACUCGCGAUGUCCUUUCUAUCAAAGCAAAGGAGACUCAGCUGGUCCGGGCCCGAUCAGAUUUCGAAGCCGCGGAACAGACGGUCCAAAACCAACGCCGAGAAGUCGACCGUUUGAAGCGUGAACUCAAUCGACAAGUACGAGCUACUUCACCCCCACCGACAGAUUUGGCAGACCAAAUCUACACUGAUAACCACAACGCCAACACCAAUGGUGCACGGCUCGGUGACUCUGGAUAUGGUAGCCAAGGCCUCUACGGCAGAAGAGAUAGGGGAUACGCUAGCGGGCCGACGAGUCCGGGUGGUGAUGGUAAGGAGAACUUUGAUUCUCUCUCUCGCCCUAGCAGUAACUUGAGCGGAAAGCUGAGUCCUCUGCGAGCAGAUGCAUCUGGCAAGUCAUCGCUGUCAUCACGAGGCGGUGGCCGAAUAAGCCCAGCAGAGAACGGGACCAGUCGCAUUGGAGGCGGCCCAAUGCAUGCCAGUUCCGGUGCAGAAAGCUGGAAGCGUGCUGCUGAGGUUACGCAGAAUUUGAAGCAGAGAAUUGAGAUGAUGAAGGCAAGUCUUUGUCUGCAAACAUGCACCAUGAUGGUUAUAGAGGGCUAA